CCUGGCACCAACCUGGCAUGUUUGACAAUUUAUCGCACCGAGCAAGGUUAACCUUGACUUGUUGACUGGUUUCACUCAACUCGCUUGCCUUACUGACGACGAGAAAGUGUCCUCAUAGUCAGACGAGCGACGACAUAGCCCAUGGGUCAUGGCUUCUACCUAUCAAGUAUAUUUUAAUUGAAUCGUGCAGGCGGUCGGCCCAUUCAUCGAUCCAGUCCUUAUUGACUGAUCUCUUCCUAACGUGAAGAUCGACCUCUGUCUUGACCUUUAUUCCUCUGAGAAUGGUAUCCGCAUUUUUCUAUGGCACGUUGAUGCAUCCAGAAAUAUUGAAACGAGUCAUUGGAAACGACGGCAGCCAACUUCAAAUGUGUCCUGCUCUCUUGCCGGACUACACUAGACACCAGCUCAAGAAUGAGGAUUAUCCCGGUAUCCUGCCGUACUCGCAAAGUCGAGCGAUGUUUGAUCACGACCUCAAUUCGGAAGAGAAAUCGGUGCGAGGUUCUCUGGUAACCGGUCUAUCGGACGCAGAUGUCCAACUCCUUGAUAUCUUUGAAGGCGACCAAUAUACAAGAGAGUUAGUGUCUGUAUACCCACUAGGACCGCUGGCCAACAUACGGGACAUACCACCGAUCGAGGUGAAGUCUCUGUUGCCCACGACGCCUCACCCGAUCCCUGUGCCAUCUGAAUUGGCGAACCCUGUAGAGGUAAAUACCUACGUAUGGUGCUUUCCCUCUUCAGACCUCCGGGCACAACUGUGGACGUUUGAAGAAUUUGUGAAUUUUAACGCGUGGAAGUGGAUCGGGUCAACUGACAACAAGUACUAUGAUGAAGUGGAUAGAAGAAACGCUAUGGAGGGUAUAUAUAUUGAUGCGAGAGGUUAAGCUUUCC